UGGCAAAUUUAAAUGCCAAAUUUUGUCAAAACAAACGACCGUCCUACAAAUCUGAAUUAAAAUUUACAAUGUCUUCAAUGAGAAUGAAAAUAAUAUAACUUCUCCUGUAUUAUACAUGAUAAGUAGAAAUUUGUUUAGUUGUUCUAAUUUUUUUAUAACAAUGUUGGUUGUGUUUUCUAUCACAAUUUUAGCAAGUUUUGUUUUAUGCCAGAUUAUUGUUGAUGAAAGUGUUUUAGUUGAUGACUGGUUGGACCAAAAUGAACUUGGAGAAUACAAACAACUCUUUAGAGAGCAUGUGUUGACGCAUCAACUCCUCUUUCGCGAAGUCGGGAAAGACGGAGGCAGCGCGGCGCGGGAGGGGGCGGCAAACCGGCGGACCGGCGAGCUCCGCAGCGCGAACACAGACAACCACCGUCACUUCUGAACGGGACUCAACAACUACAAGACGCGCAAUAUUAUGUACAAUUAGUUCAUAUUAAACCAAAUAGAAUUUAACAAUAUUUUAUAAUUUAACGGCAGACUUCACAAACCACUUAAGAAAACAAAUCACAAAGGAAAUACAGUCUGAAAUUCACAAUCAAGAACAUGGUCCUUCGACGCCGAUGAUACUCAAGAAUACCAGCAUCAAUACGGUCAGGCCAGUAUUUCCUUUUAUCCAAACCCAAUCCUGUGCGCGUCGGUGCUAAUACCGUAAUUUUAAAUCAAUUCCAGUAAAUUUUCGAAUACGUGAACACGGUGUGCAAUCUACCUGCAAACGUGAACAAUUCGUGCAGCUCGUCGUACCGGUGAAAUAAUCGCAUCUCGACAUUAUCGGGAUGCGGGACUCCGGACCAGUUGGAUCGUCUGCCGGAGCUCCCGGCGGCCGAGGAGAAGCGCCUCCGACGAGCCGCGCAAGUUCUGCAGCAGCGGCUGGUACUGCGACAGUGGCUCUCCACACAUAAGCUCCAACAUGUGUACACGAAGUUGCUUAGUCUCGACGUGACGUCACUAGAAGACGUCUACUGGCUGGAAGACACAACUGCUCGCCACGUUCUGGACCCUAAGGACUUUGGUUCGUGGUCGGCAGCAAGACACAGCUUGCCCACAGGGAAGGAGGCUCUGCAGACACUUAAGAUGGAGCUCUGGAGUACCGUGGUCAAGAACAGCAAGCACCAAGACGCCUGGACAUGGGGUGGAAUGCUGAUUGUUUCCGUUUCGGUGUGCGGGCUGGUGACCUUGGCCGCUAUGACGCAACCCUCGUUGGCUCCUGAAGCGAAGCACUCAUUGCUGCAGUACGUCACGGGAAAAUAUUUACAUCCACCUAGUUGCAGAGUGGAAUGGGGCUGGGAGGAACCACAAGUGGUGGGUGAAACGAUGUGCUUCACUGUCCUCUGCUACCAGCGCAACGGGCAACCCUAUCCCAUAUGCGACACCGAUGAACUCGCGGUCAGCAUUAGCCACGGAACCCGGAAGGUGCAAGCCGUGAUAGAGCUGGGCUGCGGGGACCCCGCGCAGGCCAACGUGGCGCGAGUUCAGUUCACGGUGAGGACGGCAGGAGUCUACCUCAUUUCCGUUACUAUCGGCGGGGCGGGCGUGUGCGACAGCCCGUACCGCAAGUGGUUCGUGGCGGGGCGCGUGGAGGCGCGGCGCUCGCGCGUGCGGCGCCCGCUCGCCGCGCUCGUGUGGACGGCCCGCUCCCCGCGCGCGCUGCACAUCCACCCGCGCGACCGCUACGACAACCCCGCGCCCGCGCCGCCGCAGCCGCACGCGGGUUUCUCCAUCAAAAUUAAUACUUUAACUGGAGAGUUGGAUGAGAAGCUGUCGUCCUCGGCAGUGUUCCAGUACGACUCGGUGAACCAGCGCGUCACGAUGACGCUGUGCUUCCCCAACGCCGGAGUCUACAAGGCCGCCAUUUAUUAUGAAGAUGUUCUGCUUCACAACGGACAGUUUGACUGCAUUGUGCUGACACCGAGCGACGCGGCCACCGUGCAGCGCAACCUGUCGUCCCGGCGGCACAACAUCACGUUCGAGGCGCGGCUGCUGUCCCCGGGCCGCCCGCGCCGCGUGCUGUGCUGCCUCAACCCGAAGCAGCUCAUCGUCAAGGACUACAUGUUCAAGUUCAUACCGAAGAGGAUCACGUCUUUUCGACUUUGCCCGUCUACUAAGCUGAUCAUGGAGCCGGCGGGAGGGGCGGCGGGAGGGGCGGCGGAGGGCGGCGGCGAGGUGUGCGUGGAGGACGGCGUGCAGGAGGCGGUGCGGCUGCAGUGCGCCCAGCGGGACCUGCUGGCCGCCUGCUUCACGCACCUGCUGCUGGACAACUGCGGAGGAGAGGACUCCUUUAAGAAUAAGCAAGAGUUCUUCUAUAGUGAAAUGCGCAAAGCUCACUCCAAGCACCCCCACGACAAGUUGAGCUUGCGCGUGACCCGCGCCGACCUCAUUCGCUCCAGCCUAAAGGCCACCAAGCACUUCACCGUGGCCGACUGGUGUAAGAAUUUCGACGUCAGCUUCCAGGGCGAGCAAGGUGUGGACUGGGGCGGCGUGCGGCGCGAGUGGUUCACGCAGGUGUGCGCGCAGCUGUUCGACGCCCGACGCGCGCUGUUCGUGCCGUUCAGCGACGCGCCGGCCGCGCUGGUGCACCCCAACCCCGCUCGGCCGCCGCAUCUCAAGCUAAAGCACUUCGAGUUCGCUGGUAAGAUGGUCGGCAAGUGUCUGUACGAGAGCGCGCUGGGCGGCUCCUACCGGCAGCUGGUCCGCGCGCGCCUCACGCGAUCCUUCCGCGCGCAGCUCAUCGGCCUGCGCGUGCACUACAAGUACUUCGAACAAGACGACCCGGAGCUGUACCUGUCCAAGAUAAAGUACAUCCUGGAGACGGACCUGGACGCGGCCGAGCCCGAGCUGGAGCUGUACUUCGUGGAGGAGGAGUACGACGGCGCCGGGCAGCUCGUCAACACGUGCGAGCUGGUCCCCGACGGAGCGCGCACACGGGUCCGCAACAGUACGAAGCUGCAGUACCUGGACCUGGUGGCGCAGCGGCGGCUGGCGGCCCGCACGCGCGCAGAGACCGACGCCUUCCUGCGCGGCCUCACGCUGCUCGUGCCCGACAAUCUGCUCGCCAUCUUCGACGAGAACGAACUCGAGCUGCUGGUGUGCGGCACGGGCGAGGCGUGCGCGGCGGACUGGCGGGCGCACGCGCUGGUGUGCGGCGCGGGGCGGGACUGGGAGCGGCUGGUGGGCUGGUUCUGGGCCGCGCUCAGCAACUUCAGCACCGAGGAGCGCGCCCGCCUGCUGCAGUUCACCACCGGCUGCUCGCAGCUGCCGCCCGGGGGCUUCCAGGAGCUGAACCCUCGCUUCCAGCUGUCCCCGGCGCCCACGAGCGGCGCGCUGCCCACGGCGCACACGUGCUUCAACCAGCUCUGUCUGCCGCACUACGACUCCUACGAGCAGCUGGUGCGCGCGCUGCUCUGGGCCAUCAACGAGGGCGGCGAGGGCUUCGGCAUGAUCUGAGUCGCCGGCCCCCUAGACAUGAUACAAUGAUCUCUAUAGCUUCAACGUUAAGGUCCAAUGUUCGUGAGCCGAUUGUUCUAGUCAUAAUCGUUACGAGUAAGAGCACAAAAGAAAUUGAUCGAACAUUAUGUGCGUUAUCUGUGCCGUACAUGACGUGUCGACGUCAACUGUCAGGGUCAACUGUCACAGUUAACGUUGACGUAUAUGAAAGAUUUGAGUGUCUGGAAUUGAUAAUUAAUUUUAAGUUAGAUGUGCUUCUGUGAUUUCGAAGUUUAUUUAAGUCAACGGAGAUUUGUCAUAUAGCCCGGGCCGCCAGGAGCGCGCUGUCUGUCACACUCAAUACUAAUUGUUGCUCUUUCUUCUGUGAUCUUUAUGAAAGUUUUAAAUAACUUUGAUCACACAUCCUUGUAUCGGCAACACUCGAAUGCGUUUAACCACUAUUUAGGUUAAUACUACAUCACUGGUGGUAGCAUCUCUCUUGUGAGUCCGCACGGGUAGUCACCACCACCCUGCCUAUUUCUGCCGUAAAGCAGUAAUGCGUUUCGGUUUGAAGGGCAAUGCAGCCGUUGUGCUGUAAAAACUCCAUAUCUCAAGAUGAGUGGCGGCAUUUACGUUGUAGAUGUCUAUGGGCUCCAGUAACCACAUAACACCAGGUGGACCGUGAGCUCGUCUACCCAUCUAAGCAAUAAAAAAUAAAAUAAUAAUAAUAAAGCAGAUAUUACUUACUCACACAGUUAUAUUGUUUAGGUAGUCAUUUUUGUCUACUGUAUAAUGUUGCCAAUGUCAAUAACUAGUGGAGAAACAUUAGUUCCGUGCUCCUUACGCAAGUUGGGCGGCGUCACAUAGAUUGAGAACCGACAAUAAUAUUAUGGACGGGUCCAUCCGACUAGGUUAUAUUUGUAGGUGUAAUAACGUAAUUAUUUAUAUUUAAUUUUAAGUUUUUUUUCUCGCACUUCUCCUUUUGUUCCACAUUUUAAGAUGAACGCUGAUCUAUGAGAUUGCUAUUUAGUAGCUUUAGUCACUCUGACGAGAUAACGUUUUAGCGGUAGGCAGCGGCUUGGCUCUGCCCCUGGCAUUGCUGAAGUCCAUGGGCGAUGGUAAUCACUCACCAUCAGGUGGGCGGUAUGCUCGUCUGCCUACAAGGGCAAUAAAAAAAAUAAAUAUAAAAAAUCUGGUCAUCCAUUAUUGGUAUUUAAAUCACCGACGCUCUCUCUAAAACUAGGACACAUUUAAUGUGUUCUAAUGACAGCAUCAGAUCUGUAUAUACAUAAGGACGCGCGCAUAUUGUGCGUUCCCGCCGGAUUCGGACACCCGACAAACAUUGUCCCCACCUUAGACGCAUCGGUCCAGUGUGAUGUGUAUCAAUAAAAUAUUUAACGUCAUAGAAAAUUAGUUCGUAUAUCUCGACGACGAGGGUCGAUAGUCCAUCGCCCUCCGAACUUAGCAUAUCAUUGUCAUAAUCACAAUUCACAGUCUGCGAAUACAUUAAAUAUACUUCAAUAGAAGAUGUUAAGUUUAUUACGCAAUAUUUAUUGUAAAGAAUAUGUACCGCAGGCUGCAUCAUAAACAUGAUAACUUCAGUGUGCUUAGUGCGAGUAUUUUAACGCUCUCGAUACCGUAAAAGUUAACUGAAAUUUGUAUGGAGUCGGAACGUGUGCCGCUAGGGGCGCUGUUCCAACUGUAUACAAAAUUGAGUUAACUUUUACGCUAUCGAGAACGUUAAAAAACUCGCACUAAGCACACUGGUGGCGGUUUAUAGAUCCACAAUAGAAUAUAUUCAAGAAGACAGCCCGCCCGACGGGCACACAACACCUAUAUGUUUGUGCUAAGAAUAACUUUACUGGUCUUGUGAGUCCGCACGGAUAGGUACCGCCACCCAGUCUAUUUCUCCCGUGAAGCAGUAAUGCGUUUCGGUUUGAAGGGUGGAGCAGCCGUUUUAACUAUACUUUACCUUAGAACCAGAUCUCAAGAUUAGUGACGGCAUUUAAGUUAUAAAUGUUAUGGGCUCCGAUGACCACCUAACACCAGAUGGGCUGUGAGCUCGUCCACCCGCCUAAGCAAUAAAAAAAGAAAGAAAAAAACUACUUGGAGAAGGAAGUAAUCAUUUUACCUAGAUUGAUUUUUCAAAUUAAUCGUUUUUCGAUGAACAAUUGCCCCUACUAUAGGUUAUUUUGAAAACUACACACUCUUCGUGGACCUCAAUGGUUAUUACAACAAUGGACGAAAACAGUCCUUCACAACUUAUUACGAUGAACUCACACAGCUGCUGUUUAAAUUUAUAGUUUACAAGGAACCCCAUUAGCGGAAAAGAGGAAUAAAGUAUUUAACAAAUUUUAUUUACGAAUAUUUCGUAAGCACGUGCGGCCUAAAAGUUGACAACCAAAAUUCGAACAAAAAAGAUUUACGUUUUAUCUCAUUAAGUCACACGAUUCAACAAAAUCAUGCUGCAAUAUUCAACGAAUGUUUUUUUUUUAAACACCAAACCCUAAAUUCAAUAUGUUCCGUGAAACUCUCUAAUUUAAUAUCUCUUUAUCUGUAACGUAUGAAAAAAUAUCAAAUAGGACUUCAGUAGCGUCUUUUGUUCGUUUAUGAAAAAUUCAAAACUGCUUUGCUUAAUUUUAAUGGUAAAAAAAAUUUCGCCAUAAAAAUAUCUAUGAUUAAUGAUAACAACCUAUUUAUAAAAAAAAAAUUACGUACAAAUCCAUUGGGCACGUUUCGUGCUUUGUAAACAUAGUUCUUUUAAUUUUAUUUUCUAGCAAAGCUGGUAACAUUAGAGAGUCAUGUCAGCGAGACAGUUUAAUUCGAAUUUAAUUGAAAUGAUCGAAGUCGGAAAACGCUACAUAUAGUGGCCUUUCGAAGUGACUUGGGGCGUGAAACACAUCAGAGACUUAAAUAGGAUCACUGCAAUAUAUUUAUCGCUAACACAUCCAUAAUGAUAAUAUGGGAACAUAUGUAGUCCCUGCAUGCAUUUAGACAUCAGCAGACAUCAGACACGACCGGAACAUAUGCGAUGACGGGGUCAGAUCGUAUAUCGGAUGAACUUGGUUUCCGAACCUCAUCAUAGACAACAUUCUUGACAAUUUUAAACCAGGUUAAUAAAUCAAACACAAAAACAUGAAAUUAAAUCAAAUCAAAUAAAAUUUUAUUCAACCUAAGUGAAAUUACAUACUUGUUGAACGUCAAAAAGAACUACCGCCAAUUCACAAAAACUAGCCUCCGUCCUGAGAAGAACUGGCAAGAAACUCAGCGGGCAUGUCUUUUUUCAUAUAUAUAUUUUUUAAAUAAUAGAUUUAUUUUUAAAUAUUAAUUUUUAAAAUGACUAUUAUAACGUAACAAUUAUUGCAAUAUUGAAAUGCCCGGAGUGAGCAACUCAUUCCCACUUUGUGCAAUCUUCUAGAUAAUCAUUGACUUUAUAGUAAGCUUUAUUGCACAGAUGUUCUUUAAUAGUUUUCAUAAACCUAUGUAUAUGUAGGCUCUGAACAUCUUGUGGGAUUUUGUUGUACAGGCAUCAAAAUCACUUGUCAAUGGAUUUUGGUCAAUAAUAUAGCAAAAGUACUGCGGAUACUCGUUAGUCGCUACUUGCUUCUGUACCGAGACGGCAUGGGCACUCGACAACAUACUGCACAAAUUGUGGACUUGACGCAUUAAUUAUUAAAUAAUAGACUUUAUGAACGCAAAUUGUUGUAUUGUAGAACAGGUAGACCUCUUUCGUCCAUUGUGGAAUCUCUUGUAAUUUUAAGGACACAUUUAACGUGUUUUUCUCAUAUAGUUGUUUAUUCCGUAUUAAUUAAUGUUAUUCAACCAAAUAUAUAACGGUUAACUAAUAUUUAAUUCAGACCUAUUAAUUAAUAAUGAAAAUAUUGUCACCCAGUGUGCUAGAAACAUUUAGAAUGUUCGAAAAGGAAAUUGAAUGACGGCAGUCAAAGAGAACUUUCUAUGUAUUAAAUUAAAAAUCUUGAGUUCGAUGCGUUGAAAGAUUUGGGAUUGCUGCAUGGUGUACUCUGUGCGUUCACAGUGCUGCAUAAAAUAUGGUUCUGGAGACAGUUCGCCAUCGGUCCAACGACUGCACUGGUCCAAUGAAUAGGACGGUUUUUGACCAUUAGGUAAGCGCUUUAGUUAGGUUAGCGCAAAAACGAGUUAAACAAUGCAAUUUAGGUUAUAAAUUUUCGCGCCAAAACGCAUCGAACUGUCAUGACUCUGAUAUCACGAAGUUCAGGUUUGCAAAACGUUACAACAUUCUCUAUGAUAGGCGAUUUACUUUUCAUUAAAUCUUUAUAUUAGCUAUGAUCUUAAGAUCAUAAAAAUCGGCCACAAAUUUAUUCAAACGUUAUUUAAAGGACAAAAUACACAAUAAAAGUAAAAUUAUUUCUGUGAUCAUUCUGAAAUCAGUCCUAAAACAAUAAAAUGUUAAUUUCCAUAUUUUUAUUUUCAAACUAUAUAGUCGUACGGGGCGCAAUUCUCCGAACCUCUCCGAUACAUUCAUCUAGGCUGUACAUAGAAUGUAUGUACAUAUUGGCCUACUCGAGAAAGAAAUUAGAUCUUUUUUACAAGUGAGCCAGUAUAUUGCAGCAAGAUAUCUAUUGUGGUGUACCAAAAAUAUUUCCAUAUUCAUAUUCCAGUCAUGGUAACCAAAUUGGAAAAAAAAAAGUAAUGUGUACGUAGUCGAAUUAUUGUUGAUUAGAAUGUUAAGACUGAACAAUAAAUAAAUAAACCGAA